AGGGUUUCUGAUUUUCCAGCACAGGGUUUAAGGUUUCUCGCUUUCUCUGUCUUUCUACUUUCAGUAAUUGAAGAAACUAAUGUCGAAGAACCUGAUGGAAACCGAAGAAACCAAUCGGUUAACUCGAGAAGAAGAGGAAGAAGAUGAUGAAGACAGUAGGGAAGCUUGGACUGAAGAAGAAAAUGAAGAAGAUGGUGAUGAAAAUGACGAAGAUUUAGAGUUCCUCUGUUUGUUCUGUGAUUUCAAGUACAGUUCUUGCGAUGCCCUGUUCGACCAUUGUCGUUUAACUCAUUUCUUCGACUUCAAUGGAAUCAGAAAAGAUUUGGGAUUGGAUUUUUAUGGUUCAUUCAAGCUAAUCAAUUAUGUUCGUUCUCAGGUAGCAGAUAAUAGAUGUUGGAGUUGCGGAGUCUGCUGCCAGUCUAAGCAAGAUCUACAAAGUCAUUUACAUCCAUCUGUCAAUACUAAAGAUGUUAAGCUUCUUUUGGAUGACGAUAAGUAUCUCAAUCCUUUCAUGCGAGAAGAUUCACUGCUUUACAGUUUUGACGGAGGUGAAGAAGAUGAAGAUGAAUGUAACACAUCAUUUGAAAAAGAGGAGAUUGUUAAGGAUUUUGGUAGUGUCUGCAUUGAUGAUGACGAUACUGCAGAAGAGACUGAGUUAAAUGGCGAGACCUAUAACAAAGAUAAAAAAACUGUUAUGGCAUGUCCCAAUGGUCAUUUGAGCUUGGCAAGUUCUUCUAAGAUAAUAACAGAAAAUGGAAUGGAUUAUGGAGAAAAUGCUAGGUCAGUAGAAAGUGAUCCGAAGGAUAAGCAAUCUAGAGUUUGUAUUGCAGAUGUUGUUGAAAAGGAUAUUAAAAAGAUCAACGAUAGUUAUUUUGGGUCAUACAGUUCAUUUGGAAUCCAUAGAGAUAUGAUAAGUGACAAGAUAAGAACAGAUGCUUAUAGGCAAGCUUUAUUGAAAAAUCAUUCUCUCCUGAAUGGUGCAGUUGUUAUGGAUGUAGGCUGUGGUACUGGCAUACUAAGUCUCUUUGCAGCACAAGCAGGAGCAUCAAGGGUAAUUUCCAUCGAAGCUAGCGAGAAGAUGGCUACAGUGGCAACUCAGAUUGCAAAGGACAAUGGCCUUUGGCGGAGUAAAACUGACAGUGAAGGUAAUAAAAGUUGUACCGGUGUAAUUGAAGUGGUUAAUUGUAUGGUUGAGGAUCUUGAUAAAUCCAUACAAAUUCAACCUCAUAGUGUUGACAUAUUAGUAAGUGAAUGGAUGGGAUACUGCCUCUUAUAUGAGUCCAUGCUCAGUUCAGUGCUCUUUGCAAGAGACCGAUGGUUGAAGCCUGGAGGGGCAAUACUUCCUGAUACAGCAACUAUUUUUGUUGCUGGAUUUGGAAAGGGUGGUACCAGUCUUCCCUUCUGGGAAAAUGUUUAUGGCUUCAAUAUGUCUUAUAUUGGAAAGGAAGUUGUUGAAGAUGCCGCUAAAUUUCCUAUUGUUGACAUUAUUAAUCAUCAUGAUCUAGUAACCAAUGCUGCUGUGCUUCAGAGCUUUGACCUUGCAACCAUGAAGCCUGAUGAAGUAGAUUUCACUGCGACUGCUGAGUUGGAAGCAAAGAAUGAUACUUUGGAUCAUAAGGCAACCGCAUGUUUUGGGCUUGUUUUGUGGUUCGAGACAGGAUUCACCAGCCGGUUCUGCAAAGAAAUGCCAACUGUUCUAUCUACAUCGCCAUAUACUCCUAAAACCCACUGGUCACAGACGAUCCUCACUUUUCGAGAACCAAUUUCGGUGGCAUCAAGCAAGUUCACUGCAGAAGGAUCUGCAGCUGUUGGGACAGAUGCUUGUCCGGCUUCAAAAAUUCUUUUGCGAAUCAGCAUUGCUCAUGCAACACAGCAUCGGUGCAUUGACAUAUCCCUCGAAACUGCUGGAGUUGGCUCCGAUGGUCGGAAACGCAGUUGGCCAGCGCAAAUGUUUAAUUUAACAUGAUAAGUUCUCAUCAUAGAAAGCGUAUUUUGCUACGUUUAUUUUUGGUGGAAGAAUGUAAGUUAGCUAAGAAUUCAGGCUAAUGCUAGUAAUAUUGCUUCAUUUAUUUCCUGAAAAUCUUUUUAAUCCUUUUUAUGGUGAAAGUUUGAAAGUUAAGUAUCUUAAGCAUACGAUACCAAGCUCUUCUAA